UUCUCCUGCCUCAGCCUCCCGAGUGCCGGCGUGCGCCACCAUGCCCCGCUGAUCUGGUUCUUAAGGAGCCCCUUUCUAUAACUACUGUUUCUCAAUUUUUAAAACUAUAUUCACUAAACUGAGAAAAUCUGUUCAAACCUUUUUUUUUUUAAUAGGGUGCAGUUCAAAAAACAAUAGGUGUGUUUCCAAAUGUGAACUUUAUCAUUUAAUACAUUCCAGCGACCCUCUCAUUCGUUUGGUACUUCUCUCCCAUUGAGAAUCAGUGAUAUCCACCCUUGCUCUAUUUUGUAAUUGCAUGAGGGCAGCAUUAAAUCCACCGUUUAAAAUUUAUACACUCCAACGCCUUCUGAAAUACAAUCCGCGUCUGGUUUGUAUUUAUCUUGGAUGAAGGGGGCAGGGAAUGCCCCCGUUCUAGCAGAGAGCGGUGGGGACGGAGAGGCUGUUUCCUGUUUGUGUGGGUGCACACCAGGCCCAGGGCUGCAGGAAAAAACAAAGCUCCAAGGAAGGCGAGGCGUGCUCUUCAGUGAGGGGCGCCGGCGGGACGGGCCACCCUCUUCCCAAUCGGCCGGGAGCGGAGAGAGGAGCCAGAGCCGCAAGAACAUGACUCGGGAACUGGUCGUCUUCCUUGGCCCAAAUGCCUCGGCUGAGGGACUUGUUAGUGUCGCAGUGCAGCGAACACACAUUUGACUGUUUCAGAGAGAACAGGCUGCGACAGGCCAGGCCGACACGUCCAUCGAGCGCUGCGCGCGUCUUCCCUGGCGCGGGUGUUUCUUCCACUUACUGUUUUAUCUUCACCCCCUGGGACAGUGCAGUUCGCGUCCCUAGCUUACAGACGAGGCGGGUUCUUCCCCGGCGGCUGGGGCUGGGGGUUCCCCUCGCUGGAGAGAGGCUUUCGGGGAUCCCCUCGGACACUGCCGCUGAGGGCCGGCUCGGGCUCCGGCCCAGGCUCCAGCGGUGGACUCUGGGAAAUGUGUUUAGGGGGCCGGCUCAGGAGUGACUGUUCCUUCCGGGGCGCUCCCGGGGGCAGGCCCUCCGUCCGCACCCCUCCCGGGGGCAAAGGCGGAGUCUUUCGGGCGCUCCGGGCUCGGGACAGGCCUGGCUGACGUCACCCGCCGGCCUGGAGGUGCCGGGCCCCACCUAGCUGCGUGCAGAAAGCAGUCCGUGCGGGGGACGUUCCGCGGCGAGGGCCGAGUCCGCGGCCCGCUUUCGUGCAGAACCGCCGCGCCGCCCCCCACGAGCUCCCCAGGGGGAAGUUAGUUGGACGACCACGCCCUUUCCUCGGCUUUGGGGCUCCUGGGCCACGCCCACCGAGGGGACGACUAGUUCUAGACCACGCCCCCUCCCUGGGCGCGCGGAAGGACGACCAAAAGGGAGUAGCGUUGGUGAUGGAACUGGGCUGCGGAGGUAACCGCGCGGAAGCCUCAGUCCUCCGAGGUGCAUGGUGCUAUCAGACCCAUUUUACAAGCGGCAAACGGAGACACAGAAAGUCACUUGCGCGAGGCUGCACAGUAAGUGGCCAGGCGUCGAACUGAGCGCUGUCCGGUGCAGAGGCCUGUCAUCUUGACAUCGGUGCCUUACAAAGAGGAACUAAGAAAAGAAGUCAGAAAAGUCAGAUAAACUGGUGAUCAGAUUGUGGUUGUACCUUCACAUAGUACCUAAGAGCGACUUCUGAGAUUUCUUCAGGAUGCCUGCAGCACUUGUGGAGAAUAGCCAGGUUAUCUGUGAAGUCUGGGCCAGCAAUCUAGAAGAAGAGAUGAGGAAGAUCCGGGAAAUUGUGCUCAGUUACAGUUACAUCGCCAUGGACACAGAAUUUCCAGGUGUUGUGGUCCGUCCAAUUGGUGAAUUUCGUAGCUCCAUUGAUUAUCAGUAUCAGCUUCUGCGGUGCAAUGUUGACCUUUUAAAAAUUAUCCAGCUGGGCCUUACGUUCACAAAUGAGAAGGGAGAAUAUCCUUCUGGAAUCAACACUUGGCAGUUCAACUUCAAAUUCAACCUUACAGAGGACAUGUACUCCCAGGAUUCCAUAGACCUCCUUGCUAACUCAGGACUGCAGUUUCAGAAGCAUGAAGAGGAAGGCAUUGACACACUGCACUUUGCGGAGCUGCUUAUGACGUCGGGAGUGGUUCUCUGUGACAACGUCAAGUGGCUUUCGUUUCACAGCGGCUAUGAUUUUGGCUACAUGGUAAAGUUGCUUACAGAUUCUCGUUUGCCAGAAGAAGAACAUGAAUUCUUUCAUAUUCUGAACCUUUUCUUCCCAUCCAUUUAUGAUGUGAAAUAUCUGAUGAAGAGUUGCAAAAAUCUUAAGGGAGGUCUUCAGGAAGUUGCCGAUCAGUUGGAUUUGCAGAGAAUUGGAAGGCAACACCAGGCGGGCUCAGACUCGCUGCUGACGGGAAUGGCAUUCUUCAGGAUGAAGGAGCUGUUUUUUGAGGACAGCAUAGAUGAUGCCAAGUACUGCGGGCGGCUCUACGGCCUGGGCACGGGCGUGGCCCAGAAGCAGAAUGAAGACGUGGACUCCGCCCAGGAGAAGAUGAGCAUCCUGGCCAUCAACAACAUGCCGCAGUGACCGCAGCGGCCCUGCCGGGCGGCCGCCCACACGGUGCUUCCUGUCCCCCGCCCACCUCCCCCGAGAGCGCGCUUCGCAGCAGGCCGAGCCGGCCGUCCGGCGCGGCAGGAAGACUUGUGUUUUACCGAAGGCAAAGAUGUCUGUAUUUUAGAUCCAGAAGAGGGGAGUUGGCUCUGAAUUUGUAAGCAGGUCUCCCUGUUCCAUCCCCACCUCUCCUCUCCAGCUGCCUCCUGUCACCAGCAUCCAUACACAGCUCCUUUGACACUAUUUUAAAUAUCCAGGACACAAACGAGUAAAAUGUGUAUAACUCUUACCUGUUGUCAUUCUUUUUCUUUUAAAUUUGUUGUUAAUCUCGGAUAAGAUGAUGAUUCUCAGCGGAAGCUUUCCAGAGGAAAUGGUACAAGGUGGUGUUCUUGGAAGCGGUUGAGAGAUUCUGGGUGUCGGCUCCCACCCCCUUUCGGACCCUUCCUGAAGACGCUGGCUUUCCUCCCACUUUGUUAGUCUUUAUUUACCUAUUACUACAUAGAAAUGAAUUGCCCAGUGCUGAAGCGUAGACAGUUCUACUAACUGUUCCCCCGAUGAACUCUGGGGUGGUAUGAAGUGGGUCACGGGUGCGUCCUGACGUCUGUCCCACUGUGCCACGGAGACUGGCUGUUGUUCGUGCACCACCUGAAGUCAUUUUAAAUUUUCAGAUAAUGAAAUGUCCUGGACUCGAUCUGAAGGAGAUGAGUAAGAUGAGAUUUUGGGGUCUUAAUUAUGUUUUCAGAAACAUGAUUUCAGAUGUCGUUUUCUCCCUCCUCGUCUCCCUUGCUUUUCCUUUCACAGACCCGAGGAGGUCGGAGUGUGGGUUAACGGGAGUACCAGGUUACGCGGCUCUUUAAACUUGUACCCAGGGCAGUAAAGGAAUCUGGCUUAAAGAGAUCUCUUGGAGUAAGUAACAUCCCACCACUGGGGUCGGAAACUCAGGACUUUGAAUUUAGAACUAGUCAUUUUAAAAGUACAGUGUUUUCUUUGAAUGACUGCAGGAUAGACAGAAAAAUAAAAAAAAAACCUCUUGAAUGGCGAAAAUAAAAACUGGUACCUUGCUAAAGUGGAAGGAUAGUCUUUUUAAAAGCUUAUGGAAUAACUCGAUUAAAAAAUGUCAAGUGCUAUAAACUGGUAUUUAAGAUGUUGUAAAUAUUAUUUAUGUUUUUAAUUUUGUAAAAUAAAGAUUUCUUUUUAACCACUGG